UACUGGUGUCCCCCCACGCAGGAGGUGGCGGAUCUCCCGGACUAUCCCAAGCUGCGUUUGUGUGGGGUUUUAUUGGUUUAUACGGGUUUGUGCUGGUCUGUACUGGUUUAUAGGAGUCUGUACUGAUCUGUACUGGUCCAUAUUGGUUUUUACUGGUGUCCCCCACCCAGGAGCUGGCGGAUCUCCCGGACUAUCCCAAGCUGCGUUUACAUGAAUUUGUACUGGUUUAUACUGGUCCAUACUGGUUCAUAUGGGUCUAUAUUGGUCCAUACUGGUCCGUACUGGUCCAUACUGGUUUUUACUGGUGUCCCCCCCCCAGGAGCUGGCGGAUCUCCCGGACUAUCCCAAGCUGCGUUUCCGGCCUCGGGCUCCGGCGCCGCUGGAGCUGCUGGUCCCGGGGGCUGAGCCCCCCGCCCUCGACCUGCUGGGGGGGCUGCUCAGCUACCCCGCCCGGCUCCGCCCGCGGGCACACCAGGCCCUGCUGCACCCCUUCUUCUUCGGCCCCCACGAACUGACCCCCCCCCCGCCCCCGGGGGGGCCCCGCAACACCCCCGACUUCAGCCUGGACACCCCCCUGGAGCUGCCCCCCCCGGGGGCCCCCGGGGCCCCCCCCCCAACGGGGGCCCCCCCAGGGACCCCCCCAAUCAGGGAGACCCCCACUGACCCCCCCGGGGGGCCCUGGGACCCCUCCCCAU